AUGGAUGCAUUCAGUUUGAAGAAAGACAAUCGUAAGAAGUUUCAAGAUAAAGAGAAGCUAAAGAGGAAGCAUGCCACUCCAAGCGAUAGAAAAUACAGAUCACUGAACAAGAAAGCAGAGGCAGAAGCACAAGCCGCGGAAGAAGAGAAGCAAUCCAUGACUUUAGAGUCGAACGAGCAUAGAUACACAUCUGAGCUACUCGAGGAGCCAGAUACAGGAUCUGGCGAUGAACAAAUUGCUGACGUUACUGCAAAGAUCAAAGAGAUUUUGUUGACAAAAGGCGAUGAGCAGCCCUUCUUAAAGAGCGCAACCCCACAAGACACUACCAGAAGAUUCACAAAGAAACAGUUAGAGAAUAUGAGCGUAUCUGAACUUAAUGAACUACUUCUUAACCGUACAGUAAAUGCUAACGAACUUCCUUCUAAAUCUAAAAUAGCACCCCUGUUAGGAUCUAAGUCCUUUGAAAGUUCCUAUGGAGGAUCAAGUUCAGACGACAAAAACCCCGUCACCACCACGCACAACAAUCUACCCCUGUCGCAUAUUCCAACCCCUUUGAAAGAAGACGAGAGUUUCCUAGACAGUAUUAUAUAG